CACCGACCAUUGCAGGAGGCUCAGCAGCAGCAGCAACAACAGCAGCAGCAGCAAUGGAAGCCCCACAGCCCAGUGGCUCAACAACCACCAACAUCCGAAGCAUCUCAGGAGUCUUUGUGGAGGCUUCUGGCAAGACCACGAGCCUGGCACAAGCUCUCCAGGACCACUUGAUCCAAUCAGAUGUUGCCCUGGCCCUGCUGGAAGCCCAGGCAGCCACAGGUGGCAUCGUUGACCCAGAGGGUGAGCGGCUCCUCCCUGUGGCGGAGGCCCUGGCAGUGGGAUUGGCGGGGCUGGAAAUGAAGGAGAAGCUGCUGUGCGCAGAGCGGGCAGUGACGGGUUUCCCUGACCCCUAUACAGAGGAGAAGAUCUCCCUCUACCAAGCCAUCCAAAAAGAGCUGAUUGGAAGAAAGCUGGGCCUGCAUCUCCUGGAAGCCCAGAUAGCCACUGGGGGGGUCAUUGAGCCUGCUUCUGGCCAUCGCAUCCCUCUGCAAGAGGCCUAUGCACGGGGCUACUUGGAUGAGGAAUUGAGUGGCUUUGUCUCUGAUCCAGGGAACGAGGAGGCCAAGGGCUUCAGGGAUCCUAAUACCAACCAGAUGGUCACCUACACAGAACUGAUGAGAAGAUGUGUUGCAGACCCAGCCAGAGGCUUGCUCUUGCUGCCUCUCAAGAUCUCUUUCCUUGGACUGAGAGGGGCUGUGUGUAGCCGGGAGCUGCUGGAUUCUGGAGUCAUUGACUCCACCACGUUUGAAGCCCUCCAGAAGGGGGAGAUGACUGCACAGGAAGUGGCAGAGAUGGACUCGGUGCAACAGUCCACGUCAGAGAUCGCCAGCAUCGCUGGAGUAGCCGUCCUGCCAACGAAUGAACGCAAGAGUCUUUACAAGGCAUUAGUAGAGCACCUCCUCCCUCCUGGCAUGGCUGAAAUUCUUAUGCAGGCUCAGGUGGCCUCGGGCUAUUUAAUUGACCCUGUAAAGAAUGCAAAAUUAACUGUGGCUGAGGCUGUCCAGGCAGGAGUUGUUGGGCCAGAGCUCUUUGGGAAAUUGACCUCAGCUGAGAGAGCAGCCACAGGAUACAAAGACCCCUACACAGGGGAGACCAUCUCUUUGUUUCAAGCCAUGCAGAAACACCUGGUGCCCAGGAACCCAGGCCUUUUCCUGCUAGAUGCCCAGCUCGCCACUGGAGGCAUCAUUGACCCACAUGCCCAUCACCGGCUUCCUACAACGAUGGCCCUGCAGAGGGGCCACUUAGAUGAAGAGACAUACCAGCUGCUCUGCAAACCUACGGACAAGACCCGUGGAUUCUUUGAGCCCAACUCAAAGGAGAAGUUGUCCUAUGGGGAGCUGCUCUUGCGGUGUGUCUCUGAUCCGGAUACCGGGCUCUGCCUCUUGCCUCUUUCUGGAAAUCAUGAGAGGAGUCAGACCUUCAUUGACCACAAUACAAAGCUGGCCCUGAAAAACACCCUGGUGUCUGUGGCCUCCGGUAGGUUCAAGGGAAGGCCCGUAUCCCUCUGGAAGCUCCUCUUCUCAGAAUACCUGACGGGAGAGCAGAGGAGAACUCUUACUCAGCUAUUUUCCUCCGGGUCCCUUUCUGCUCAGCAACUGGCUGACAAAAUCCGUCUCACGGUGGAGCAAACAGUUGUCGAUUCCCGAGUCACCUUUGAAGGCCUGAGGGAAAAGGUGACACCUGCCCAGCUCCUGAGCUCUGAAAUCAUCAACAGAGACUUAUUUGAGAAGUUAACGCAGGGAGAGACCCUGGUCAAAGAGGUGAUUAACAUGGCCACUGUGAAGAAGUACUUGGAAGGGACUGGCAGCAUUGGUGGGCUGCUCCUGCCCGACUCCCAGGAGAGACUGAGCAUCUAUGAAGCCAAGAGGAAGGGCUUCCUCCGCCCGGGAACGGCACUCAUCCUUCUGGAGGCUCAGGCAGCCACAGGACACAUCAUUGACCCUGUGGCCAAUGAGAGAUAUUCUGUGGACGAGGCCUUGCGUGGCAACAUCAUAGGUCCAGAUGUGUAUAGCAAGUUGCUGGCGGCUGAGAAAGCAGUGACUGGCUAUAAGGAUCCUUAUACUGGGAACAAGAUCUCCCUUUUCCAGGCAAUGAAAAAAGACCUCAUCGUCACAGAACAUGCCAUUCGUCUUCUGGAGGCCCAGAUUGCCACCGGAGGCAUCAUCGAUCCUGUCAACAGCCACCGCCUCCCUGUGGAAGUGGCCUACAAACGGGGCUAUUUUGAGAAGAAAAUGAGCCUGAUCCUGUCAGAUCCCAGUGAUGACACCAAAGGCUUCUUUGAUCCAAACACGCAUGAGAACCUAACUUACCUGCAGUUAAAGGAGAAGUGCAUUGUGGAGCCCACCACAGGCCUCUGCCUCCUGCCACUCAACAGCAAAAAGCACCAACCCCUGGAUGAUGCCACCAAGCAGGCUUUCAGGAGCUCCUCGCUCUUUGUCAAACACGGGCGCUUCCAAGGACAAAGAGUCUCCUUGUGGGAUCUGCUGAACUCGGAGUAUUUCAGUGAGGGAAAGAGAAAGGAAGUCUUCAACCACUUCAGCCUCCAGAAGGUCACCCUGCAGCAGAUUUCCCUGUCUUUGGAAGAGGAAAUGAAGAAAUGGGCUUGCAUUCAGUUCCCAGCAAUCAGAGGGAAAGUCAGCGCUUACCACCUACUGGAAAGAGGAAUCAUUGACCGGGCUCUCUUGGAGGAGAUCCUAGGUGGAGUGGUGAGCCCAGAGGACGUGCUGCACAUGGCUACAGUCCAAAGGUACCUCUAUGGCACGGGAAGCAUAGGGGGAAUUCUGCUGCAGCCUUCCAAUGAGAGACUGAGCUUCUAUGAAGCUAUGAGAAGGAACAUGGUGGUGCCCGGAGUUGCCCUGCCCUUGCUGGAGGCCCAAGCAGCUACUGGAUUCCUUGUGGAUCCUGUGAGCAGCCAAAGACUCUCUCUGGAUGAUGCGGUGAAGAAAGGCCUGGUUGGCCCUGAGCUUUAUGAGGUCUUGCAGCAGGCUGAAGAAGCUGUCACGGGCUACAGGGACCCCUUCACCGGCAAGAUAAUCUCCGUCUUCCAAGCAAUGAAGAAAGGCCUUUUGGCAGACAGGAAAGCCAUGCAGCUGAUGGAUGCCCAGCUGGCUACUGGGGGGGUCAUUGAUCCACACAGCGGCCACUAUGUCCCCAUAGAAUUUGCCCAGAAAAAUGGCUACCUGGAUGAGGAGUUUGGGAAAACCCUUUCCAACCCGAGCAGUAACUCCAAGGCUUUCAGCACGCUGGACAGGAAAGAGAGGGUCAGCUACGGCCAGUUGAUGGACCAGUGUCAGAAGGAGGCACAUUCGGGCAUUCGCCUCUUGCCUCUAGCACAAAGAGUGUCUGUUCGCUCUACUGAAGAGCAGACACAGCAGUGCUUUAAGGAGACCUUAGUUGAGGACAAGGGGGUCUCUCUCUGGGACCUCCUGAGUUCCGGUUACUUCACUGAGGAGCAGAAGUCAGACUUUUUGGAGAAGUAUAGCUCCGGAGCAGUUUCCCUUCACCAGCUGGUCAGCCUUGUCCAGCAGCUUAUUAAUGACAUAGAAAUGAAAGCUAAGAUGCAGGUCACUUUCCAAGGCCUGAGAGGUGUGGUGCCAGCGGUCUGGCUCCUGGAUGCGGGCAUCAUUUCAGAAAAGACGUUUGCUGAGCUGGCCCAGGGCAAGAGAUCUCCCAGAGAAGUGUCCGAGAUGGAAAGUGUCAAGCUGUACUUGCAGGGCACAGGGAGCAUUGCUGGAGUUUUCGUUCAGUCCUCCAAAGAAAAAAUGGGCAUUUACCAAGCUAUGCAGGAAAGGCUCCUCCUGCCAGGGAUGGCGGCACAACUGCUCAGCGCCCAGGCAGCCACCGGCUCCAUUGUGGACCCGGUGUCUAAUCGGCAGUUUACUAUUGAGGAUGCCAUCAAAAGUGGCAUUGUGGGAGAAGAGCUGAUGGAAGAGCUGCUGCAAGCUGAGAGGGCAGUGACCGGCUUCCUUGACCCCUACUUGGGGAAACCAAUCUCGGUAUGCCAGGCUGUUAGGAAGGAGCUACUCCCUGCCAGGGUGGGCAUCCCCAUGCUUGAGGCUCAGCUGGCCACUGGAGGAAUCAUUGACCCUGUUCAUUGCCACCAUCUGCCCCUCGGAGUGGCCUUCAAGCAUGGCUUGAUUGAUGAAGAAAUGCAGAGGGUUCUUUCUCAGGACAGCAAGGAGAUCCAGGUUUUCUUUGACCCAAAUACCCAGGAGAGCCUGACCUAUCAGCAGCUGAAGGACAGGUGCAUCCAGGAUCCUGAGUCAGGGCUCUGGCUUCUCCCACUGUCCGAAGAGGCGGCUUUUUAUGGAGACCAGCAAGCCAUGGAAGUGCUAAACUCUUUCUCCGUCUCAGUCAGCACUGGGAGGUUUAAAGGACAAGAGGUUUCUCUCUGGGACUUGCUCCACUCGGAGUAUAUCCCGGACGCCAAGCGGAGGGAGCUGGUGCUGAGAUACAAAGAUGCACAUGAGGAGCUCCUUCAAGAAAUGGCAUCGUCCAUCAAGAAUAUCAUCGAAGAGACAGAACAGCAAGGCAAGAGGUUCACUUUUGAAGGCCUAAGGAAGAAGGUGUCAGCCAGCGACCUCUUCCAGUCCCAGCUCAUAGACAUGACAACCCUGGAUGAACUCAGGCAGGGGAAGACAACUGUCCAGGAAGUCAGUGAGAUGGAUUCUGUCAAGCACUUCCUGGAGGGGUGCAACUUCAUUGCAGGGGUCCUCAUAGAACCAGAUCAUGAAAAAAUUAGCCUCUACCAAGCCAUGAGGCGAGGUCUGCUGAGACCAGGGGCAGCUCUGGUCUUGCUGGAGGCCCAGGCAGCCACAGGGUACCUCAUUGACCCAGUGAAAAACAAGAAGCUCUCUGUGGACAAAGCAAUGGCAGCAGGGCUGAUUGGAAAAGAAAUUUAUGAGAAGCUGCUGAGUGCAGAAAAAGCCGUCACUGGAUACACAGACCCUUACACCAAAGGGCAAAUCUCUCUCUUCGAGGCCAUGAAUCAGGAGCUGAUUGUGAGGAGCCAUGGCAUCCGCCUGCUGGAGGCACAGAUUGCUACGGGGGGCAUCAUCGACCCUGUGCACAGCCACCGCAUCCCUGUGGAGGUUGCAUAUAAGCGAGGCUACUUUGAUGAAGACCUAAACCGCAUCCUUCUGGACUCCACAGAUGAUACCAAAGGCUUUUUUGACCCCAAUACUCACGAGAACCUCACUUAUCUUCAGCUUCUGGAACGCUGCAUCCAAGAUACAGAAACUGGGCUGUACAUGCUGCAGAUUGUCAGAAGCGGGGAAACCUACUUCUACAUUGAUGAUGCAACAAAAGAUUUUCUGAGAACGCAGACUAUGCAGGUACAGGUAGGUCGGUAUAAAGGCCAAGCAGUCUCUCUGUGGAGCCUCCUCUGCUCCGCAUAUAUCCACGAACAGAAGAGGAAAGAUCUGGUCAGGCAGUAUAAGGAUGAGACGCUCAGUUUGCCACAGCUCUGCAAAACCAUCACCACCAUUGUGGAGGAAACAGAAAGGGCAACCCAGAAGCUCAAGAUGAAGGGGCUGAGGGGGCAAGAGGUGUCUGCUGCAGAGCUCUUCAAUGCAGAAAUCAUUGACAGGGUGACUUUGGACAGACUGCACCAGAAGACCCUUCCUCUGCAACAGCUUGCCCAGAGGGACACCGUGAAGCGCUACCUGGAGGGGACAGGCUGCAUUGCAGGUAUCUUGGUAGCUGGACAGGGGCUGAAGCUGCUUGCCUAUGAGGCCAUGAAGAGAGGCUUUCUCUCCCCAGAACAUACUCUGCUAUUACUAGAGGCGCAGGCUGCCACAGGGCUCCUCACUGACCUUCUGGAGAAGAAGCCCUUCUCAGUUGACCAGGCCAUCUCUCUUGGACUGGCUGGGGAAGAGUUUCACAAGGCGCUCCUCCUUGCUGAGAAAGCCAUUACUGGGCACACUGACCUCUCCACAGGAGACAAAGUCUCCCUUUUCCAAGCCAUGAAAAGAAACCUGGUAGAGAAAGCCUAUGCCCUCCGGCUGCUGGAGGCGCAGAUGGCCACGGGUGGCAUCAUUGACCCCAUACACAGUCACCGCCUCCCCGUGGAGGUGGCUUGCAGACGGGGCUAUUUGGAUGAAGAAACUUGCCUCCUCCUUUCUGUUGAGGGGCUUGUUCCCAAAGGAUUUGUAGAUCCCAACACCCAGGAAAGGGUUACCUACACUCAGCUCCUGCUCAGGUGCACCAAAGAUGAAAAGACAGGGGCAUACCUGCUGCCGUUAUUAGAGAAGAGGGAGUGUAUCUUUCUGGAUGAAAAAACUAAGCAUGUUCUCUCAUCUUGCAAAAUAAAAGUAGGCUUUGGGAAAUACAGAGGACAUGCCAUUUCCCUUUGGGAACUUCUUUCUUCAGAUUACAUUACAAGAGAAAAGCAGAAAGAGAUGAUUAAAAAAUAUAAAGAGGGAGGCUUUGCAGUUCUGCAGAGUAUCACAAAGCAAAUACUGAAGUUAAUAGAGGAAAGAGAACACCAAAGAAAAGAUAUAUGGUUCCAAGGACUACGGCGGCAAGUCACAGCUUCUGAACUACAAAAGGCAGAUAUCAUUAAUGAAGAAACUUUGAACAAUUUGGAAGCAGGAAAAGAGAGAGCGCAGGAUGUAGCCCAGAUGGAUUCAGUGAAGAGGUACCUGGAAGGCAAUAGCUGCAUCGCUGGAGUGCUGGUGCCAUCCAGGACAGACCCUUCCAAGUCAGAAAAGAUGACUAUCUACCAGGCCAUGAGGAAAGGCAUUCUGAGGCCAGGCACGGCCCUGGUGUUGCUGGAGGCACAGGCUGCCACGGGCUUUGUCAUUAACCCAUUGAGCAACGAAAGACUCUCUGUAAGUCAGGCAGUUGAAGCUGGUGUGGUAGGGGAAGAAAUACAGAAAAAGCUACUUUGUGCAGAGAAAGCUGUAACAGGUUACAUGAAUCCCAACACAGGAAAAACUAUUCCCCUCUUCCAAGCAAUGAAAAAAGAAUUAAUCUUAAAAGAGCAUGGGAUCCGCCUGCUGGAAGCCCAGAUUGCCACGGGGGGUAUCAUCGAUCCUGUGCACAGUCACCGCCUCCCCGUGGAAGUAGCUUACAAGCGGGGCUACUUUGAUGAGGAAAUGAACCGGACCCUCUCUGAUCCCACAGACGACACCAAGGGCUUCUUUGACCCAAACACACACGAAAACCUCACUUACCUGCAGCUUCUGCAGCGGUGCCUGCCCGAUCCAGAGACUGGUUUGCUGCUGCUCCACGUCAUGGACAAGGGCUGCUUCUCCUCUUACCUCAAUGAGGACACCAGGAAGGCUUUGCAGGCGGCCAAGACCAAGAUCGGCGUGGGGCUGUUCCAGGACCAAGAGGUUUCUGUGUGGGACCUCCUCUUCUCCAGAUACAUCCUUCCGUCCAAGAGGCAGGACUUGCUGAGGCAGCACAAGGCAGGCACCAUGACACUUGAGCGCCUUACCCAAGUCCUCAUCGCCAUCGUCACCGAAACAGAGGAAAAGAGCGCCAGGCCCAUCGGUCACAAAGAAGCUUGCCACCAACCAGCCACGACAACAGAUGCUGCCGCGGAUCAAUCAAGCCUUGGAGAGCCCUGGAUGAAGACCCUUGAGUCUACGUCCGUGGAUAUGCCUGCAGGCAUCUGCCAUGGGCAGAGGGUCACUCUGUGGGACCUGCUCUUCUCAAACAACAUCUCUGAGGAGAAGAGGACAGAGUUACUGGACUUGUACAAAAGUGGGCUGCUGUCAACGGAACGACUCAGCAGCAUCCUCCACACCCUGGUUGCCAAAAAGGAAGCCACUGGCAGGAAGCUGGAUGUGAAGGUGAGGUGUCCAGAUCAAGAGGCGGCGGCAGAUCGCCAGGCUCUGAGGGAUUCCUCCUUAGACCCGGCAAACUGGGAAAGCGCCCUGCGCUCUCAGCUCCUCCCAGCGCCUUCCGCUGACCAACAGUUCUCCGCUUGGGACAUUCUGUUCUCCGAGCACUUCGCAGAGCACGAACGGGAAGAGCUUCUGAGCAGAUACAGGAGGGGCAGCCUCCCCCUUAAGGAGCUCACAAAGAUUCUCACCGACCACCUUCCCGGGGCCACAAGCAGCGAACGUCAUCUUCCCACAGACUUCCACACACCCAGAUCAAGUGCCGAGGCCGAAGAGACCAAAGAAGAGUGGGACGAGGAUGCUGCCGACCUGGGGAAAGAGGAGGCUCUGAAGUCCCGGAUGGUGGAGGUCACCGCUGCGGCGUUUCACGGGCGUAACGUGUCGGUGUGGGAGGUGCUUCAUUCCAAGUACAUCCCUGAGGAGAAAAGGAAGGAGCUUCUACAACUGUACCAAUCGGGCAUCCUAACCAUUGACCAGAUGGAGACUGUGGUCUCCGCCAUUGUCAAUAAGACAGAGGAAAUGAAAAAGGAAGAACCGUCCCACGCUCCCUUGUCUUCUGGCUCCUGGGAGGGUCCCUUGCGUAACCAGACCAUGACCCUGCAAGUUGGCGAGUUCCAAGGACAGAGGAUCUCCAUCUGGGAACUCCUCUUCUCCCAAAGCAUUCCAGAAAGCCAAAGAGAGGAGCUGCUGAUGAAAUACCAAUUGGGAUCCUUGACCAUUCAGGAAAUGAUCACCACCCUGACCUCGCUUCACGCCAAGGACAGGGCUUCUUCCCCAGGAGAGGAAGCCACUCUUCCCUCCCAGCACAAUGAACUGGAACGCACCUUGCGACAGGUGACCAUAGACGUGCCUGUGGGUGAGUUUCAAGGCUCCAGGAGAUCCGCGUGGGAGCUCCUCUUCUCCAAGUACGUGACUGCGGCCAAGCGCCAGGAGCUGCUGCAGAAGUACCAAGAGGGGUCUGUAACCCCAGGCGAGCUGGUCCAAAUUCUCACCACCCUGAUUGAAGAGAUGGAAGAGAAGGGAAACCAGCUGAAGUUCUCGGGGCUCAGGAAGCAGGUGUCGGCCUCAGAACUGUUUGACUCACGCAUCAUCAACCAAACCACGCUCUCCGAGCUCGCGCAAGGCACCAAGACGGUGGAAGAGGUCACAGAAAUGGAUUCAGUGAAGAGGUAUCUGGAAGGCAACAGCUGCAUCGCUGGAGUGCUGGUGCCGUCCAAGACAGACCCUUCCAAGUCAGAGAAGAUGACCAUCUACCAGGCCAUGUGGAAAGGCAUUCUGAGGCCAGGCACGGCCCUGGUGUUGCUGGAGGCACAGGCCGCCACGGGCUUCGUCACCGACCCCCUGGGGAAUAAGAAACUUUCCGUCGAUGACGCUGUCUCCGUUGAACUGGUGGGGGCCGAGCUGCGGGAGAAGCUUCUCUCUGCAGAGAGGGCUGUGACUGGCUAUAAGGACCCCUAUACGGGGAACAAGCUCUCCCUCUUCCAGGCCAUGAAGAAAGGUCUCAUAGUCAAAGAGCACGGGAUCCGCCUGCUGGAAGCCCAGAUUGCCACGGGGGGCAUCAUCGAUCCUGUGCACAGUCACCGCCUCCCCGUGGAAGUAGCUUACAAGCGGGGCUACUUUGAUGAGGAAAUGAACCGGACCCUCUCUGAUCCCACAGACGACACCAAGGGCUUCUUUGACCCAAACACACACGAAAACCUCACUUACCUGCAGCUUCUGCAGCGGUGCCUGCCCGAUCCAGAGACUGGUUUGCUGCUGCUCCACGUCAUGGACAAGGGCUGCUUCUCCUCUUACCUCAAUGAGGACACCAGGAAGGCUUUGCAGGCGGCCAAGACCAAGAUCGGCGUGGGGCUGUUCCAGGACCAAGAGGUUUCUGUGUGGGACCUCCUCUUCUCCAGAUACAUCCUUCCGUCCAAGAGGCAGGACUUGCUGAGGCAGCACAAGGCAGGCACCAUGACACUUGAGCGCCUCACCCAAGUCCUCAUCGCCAUCGUCACCGAAACAGAGGAAAAGAGCGCCAGGCCCAUCGGUCACAAAGAAGCUUGCCACCAACCAGCCACGACAACAGAUGCUGCCGCGGAUCAAUCAAGCCUUGGAGAGCCCUGGAUGAAGACCCUUGAGUCUACGUCCGUGGAUAUGCCUGCAGGCAUCUGCCAUGGGCAGAGGGUCACUCUGUGGGACCUGCUCUUCUCAAACAACAUCUCUGAGGAGAAGAGGACAGAGUUACUGGACUUGUACAAAAGUGGGCUGCUGUCAACGGAACGGCUCAGCAGCAUCCUCCACACCCUGGUUGCCAAAAAGGAAGCCACUGGCAGGAAGCUGGAUGUGAAGGUGAGGUGUCCAGAUCAAGAGGCGGCGGCAGAUCGCCAGGCUCUGAGGGAUUCCUCCUUAGACCCGGCAAACUGGGAAAGCGCCCUGCGCUCUCAGCUCCUCCCAGCGCCUUCCGCUGACCAACAGUUCUCCGCUUGGGACAUUCUGUUCUCCGAGCACUUCGCAGAGCACGAACGGGAAGAGCUUCUGAGCAGAUACAGGAGGGGCAGCCUCCCCCUUAAGGAGCUCACAAAGAUUCUCACCGACCACCCCGGGGCCACAAGCAGCGAACGUCAUCUUCCCACAGACUUCCACACACCCAGAUCAAGUGCCGAGGCCGAAGAGACCAAAGAAGAGUGGGACGAGGAUGCUGCCGACCUGGGGAAAGAGGAGGCUCUGAAGUCCCGGAUGGUGGAGGUCACCGCUGCGGCGUUUCACGGGCGUAACGUGUCGGUGUGGGAGGUGCUUCAUUCCAAGUACAUCCCUGAGGAGAAAAGGAAGGAGCUUCUACAACUGUACCAAUCGGGCAUCCUAACCAUUGACCAGAUGGAGACCGUGGUCUCCGCCAUUGUCAAUAAGACAGAGGAAAUGAAAAAGGAAGAACCGUCCCACGCUCCCUUGUCUUCUGGCUCCUGGGAGGGUCCCUUGCGUAACCAGACCAUGACCCUGCAAGUUGGCGAGUUCCAAGGACAGAGGAUCUCCAUCUGGGAACUCCUCUUCUCCCAAAGCAUUCCAGAAAGCCAAAGAGAGGAGCUGCUGAUGAAAUACCAAUUGGGAUCCUUGACCAUUCAGGAAAUGAUCACCACCCUGACCUCGCUUCACGCCAAGGACAGGGCUUCUUCCCCAGGAGAGGAAGCCACUCUUCCCUCCCAGCACAAUGAACUGGAACGCACCUUGCGACAGGUGACCAUAGACGUGCCUGUGGGUGAGUUUCAAGGCUCCAGGAGAUCCGCGUGGGAGCUCCUCUUCUCCAAGUACGUGACUGCGGCCAAGCGCCAGGAGCUGCUGCAGAAGUACCAACAGGGGUCUGUGACCCCAGGCGAGCUGGUCCAAAUUCUCACCACCCUGAUUGAAGAGAUGGAAGAGAAGGGAAACCAGCUGAAGUUCUCGGGGCUCAGGAAGCAGGUGUCGGCCUCAGAACUGUUUGACUCACGCAUCAUCAACCAAACCACGCUCUCCGAGCUCGCGCAAGGCACCAAGACGGUGGAAGAGGUCACAGAAAUGGAUUCAGUGAAGAGGUAUCUGGAAGGCAACAGCUGCAUCGCUGGAGUGCUGGUGCCGUCCAAGACAGACCCUUCCAAGUCAGAGAAGAUGACCAUCUACCAGGCCAUGUGGAAAGGCAUUCUGAGGCCAGGCACGGCCCUGGUGUUGCUGGAGGCACAGGCCGCCACGGGCUUCGUCACCGACCCCCUGGGGAAUAAGAAACUCUCCGUCGAUGACGCUGUCUCCGUUGAACUGGUGGGGGCCGAGCUGCGGGAGAAGCUUCUCUCUGCAGAGAGGGCUGUGACUGGCUAUAAGGACCCCUAUACGGGGAACAAGCUCUCCCUCUUCCAGGCCAUGAAGAAAGGUCUCAUAGUCAAAGAGCACGGGAUCCGCCUGCUGGAAGCCCAGAUUGCCACGGGGGGCAUCAUCGAUCCUGUGCACAGUCACCGCCUCCCCGUGGAAGUAGCUUACAAGCGGGGCUACUUUGAUGAGGAAAUGAACCGGACCCUCUCUGAUCCCACAGACGACACCAAGGGCUUCUUUGACCCAAACACACACGAAAACCUCACUUACCUGCAGCUUCUGCAGCGGUGCCUGCCCGAUCCAGAGACUGGUUUGCUGCUGCUCCACGUCAUGGACAAGGGCUGCUUCUCCUCUUACCUCAAUGAGGACACCAGGAAGGCUUUGCAGGCGGCCAAGACCAAGAUCGGCGUGGGGCUGUUCCAGGACCAAGAGGUUUCUGUGUGGGACCUCCUCUUCUCCAGAUACAUCCUUCCGUCCAAGAGGCAGGACUUGCUGAGGCAGCACAAGGCAGGCACCAUGACACUUGAGCGCCUCACCCAAGUCCUCAUCGCCAUCGUCACCGAAACAGAGGAAAAGAGCGCCAGGCCCAUCGGUCACAAAGAAGCUUGCCACCAACCAGCCACGACAACAGAUGCUGCCGCGGAUCAAUCAAGCCUUGGAGAGCCCUGGAUGAAGACCCUUGAGUCUACGUCCGUGGAUAUGCCUGCAGGCAUCUGCCAUGGGCAGAGGGUCAUUCUGUGGGACCUGCUCUUCUCAAACAACAUCUCUGAGGAGAAGAGGACAGAGUUACUGGACUUGUACAAAAGUGGGCUGCUGUCAACGGAACGGCUCAGCAGCAUCCUCCACACCCUGGUUGCCAAAAAGGAAGCCACUGGCAGGAAGCUGGAUGUGAAGGUGAGGUGUCCAGAUCAAGAGGGCGGCGGCAGAUCGCCAGGCUCUAGGGAUUCCUCCUUAGACCCGGCAAACUGGGAAAGCGCCCUGCGCUCUCAGCUCCUCCCAGCGCCUUCCGCUGACCAACAGUUCUCCGCUUGGGACAUUCUGUUCUCCGAGCACUUCGCAGAGCACGAACGGGAAGAGCUUCUGAGCAGAUACAGGAGGGGCAGCCUCCCCCUUAAGGAGCUCACAAAGAUUCUCACCGACCACCUUCCCGGGGCCACAAGCAGCGAACGUCAUCUUCCCACAGACUUCCACACACCCAGAUCAAGUGCCGAGGCCGAAGAGACCAAAGAAGAGUGGGACGAGGAUGCUGCCGACCUGGGGAAAGAGGAGGCUCUGAAGUCCCGGAUGGUGGAGGUCACCGCUGCGGCGUUUCACGGGCGUAACGUGUCGGUGUGGGAGGUGCUUCAUUCCAAGUACAUCCCUGAGGAGAAAAGGAAGGAGCUUCUACAACUGUACCAAUCGGGCAUCCUAACCAUUGACCAGAUGGAGACCGUGGUCUCCGCCAUUGUCAAUAAGACAGAGGAAAUGAAAUCAGGAAAUCAACAUCCUUCACAGUAUGACCUUUUCCAGUACACAUUGGAAUUGGAGAAUAUCAGUGAUAUUGUCCGUAGUAUCCAGGACCAAAAAAUGUCUGUUUGGGAUCCUUUCUUUUUCAGGUGUGUCUCUAAGAUCAAUGAGGAAAUGAGUCUCUUCGAAUCUCGAGGUGUGACAGGUAGUGUCCCAGGAGCUGCCCAGGUCAUGUCUACUCCAGUUACAGAAACGGGAUCCUCAAGUGAUUGGUCUUCUGUCUUCUGUGAGUCUUCACAGGGAUACAUUUCCUUUCCCAAAGCCUCUGAGGAGUCUUUGGCAGAAAGCCCAUUUCACUCACAGAGUGCUUUAAAGUCUCGAUUGUUAAAUUUCCCUGUUGCUGAGUUCCAUGGAAAAGAAGCUUCAUUGUGGGAUCUGCUGCAUUCUCAGUACAUUUCCGAGGAGAAAAGGAAGGAGUUGCUGCAGCUCUAUCAGUUGGGUGAUCUCACCCUUGAUCAGAUGGAGUCAGCUGUGACCGACAUCAUCCACCCAGGCGAGGGGGGGGAAGAGAGGCCGAGCGGAGGCCGGUCAGCAAGUGGCAACCCUGAUUCCAUGGCAGCAGAUGAGGGUGCAUCCCAGGCUCGGCAGCUGCAAUUGAAGACAACUUUGAGGACCACUCUGGUCCCCGUGACUGUGGGAGAAUAUAAGGGGCAAUGCAUGUGUGUUCUGGAUCUCCUCUUCUCUAAAUACGUCCCCCAGGAUAAAAGGCAGGAGCUCCUUGAAUUGUACAGGGCGGGGACUUUACUCAUCGAGGACAUGAUAAGCACAAUCACUGGCCUGCUGGAAGAGGCAGAAAGCCAGCGGGAGACGCGAGAGACCAAGAAAAGGGCUGUGCGCCGGAAAGAGAAGCAGGACCAAGGGGGUGACCUGUAACAAUGAGGGCAUCUCGCUGGAGCUGAUUCUUUUCUCUUCCAUCAACCCAGGUGCCUCCGGCCACUCCCACCAAGCGCAGUCUCUCUGGCUGCCAUCCCUUUGGCCUCUCCCUCCUCUGCUGCUACAUCUGGCUGGGGUGGACAGUGGGAUUUCUCCCCGGAGUUGCCAGGAAAUGCUCUCCAGCCCUUUCAUUGUGUGCGCACACACACACACCGUUAGUUCCUGGGAGCCCCACUCUGAUUUUGGCUUUCUAGAACCCAGAUAUCUGUGAAAGCAUAGGAGAACGAAUCAGUUCCUGUAGGAGGCCAAAUGAUGGCUCCCUGCUCUGAACUGCUUACAGGGCUGGGGAGCCACUUGGACAGCCCCACAGAUGGGAGGGUUCAAGUUGGAUCAUAUCCUCCAGUAGAGGCCUGGGGAGGGGGGGCCUUAACUGGGUACGAUUCCAAUUCUGCUGCAACUUGCUAGCUACAUGAAUCUCAGUUAGUGGACUGGUCUGUUUCUACUGGCAAUAAAAAGAAAGAAAAUGUGUUAAAA